ACCAAACUGGAAAGCCUCACGAGAGCCAUGUCGAUGCCAGGUCCAAGCAAUUCAGGCCCCUAUCGGGCCCCGCAUCGCCCGCCGUCAGCCAAGUCACGACGAGUCCUCGCCUGCAUCCUCUGUCAGCAGCGCAAAGUGAAGUGUGACCGCAAAUUCCCCUGUGCUAAUUGUAUGAAGCAUGGAACACAAUGUGUGCCAUCUACGCAGACACAUCCGCGAAGACGGCGAUUUCCCGAGCGUCAGCUGCUGGAUCGGCUCCGGAGUUAUGAGGCGCUGCUCCGUCAGAACAAGAUCAAGUUCGAGCCACUUCACAAAGAGUCUAGUUCGGGCGCGAGAAGUGAGAACUUACAGGAGGAAAGCGAAGAUUCGGGUGCUGAACAGUCAGAAUCAGAGAGGGGCGGUGGAUCGUCUCCAACUGACCCUUCGAAACCGAAAAGCGCUUAUGAGGCUAAGUACGGUGCCAUCUGUUCUCUUGGUUCCUUUAUGCUAUUCGAUGCUUGCUUCCGAGGAGUGAAUAAUGACGGCGAUCUGAAUGACGGUGUCCGAGAGGUCAUGGUUGGGAAAACCUGGGAUCACCUCUUCGAAAACGACGAUCAUCUUCUGUUUGGCUCACGGCAGGCUGCUGUUGAACUCUCCACGCUUCAUCCGGAGCCAGUACAUAUCUUCAGGCUCUGGCAAAUCUAUCUCGACAAUGUCAACCCGCUGCUUAGAGUCACACAUACCCCAACAUUGCAGGGUCGCAUCAUCGAAGCCGCAAGUAAUUUAACCAAUAUUACUCCCACUCUGGAAGCACUUAUGUUUGGCAUCUAUAGCAUGGCUGUACUGAGUCUUUCCGAGGACUGUCAAACGUUAUUUGGAAUUCCAAAAGGUGACCUUCUCAGAAAGUUUCAAUUAGGUUGUCAGCAAUCUCUGUGGAACUGCGGCUUCUUACGAUCUCCUGAUCGUGACUGUUUAACCGCACUUCACUUCUAUCUGGUUUCGUUACGUCCUAGCACGGAUCCUCGCUCUCUAUCAUCUAUGCUCGGAAUCGCGAGUCGUAUUGCUCAACGGAUGGGUAUCCAAUACGAGUCGAAUAACUCGAAAUAUCCUGUGCUCGAAGCUGAAAUGCGCCGAAGACUUUGGUGGUCAUUCGUACUGUUCGAUGCACGAAUCAGUGAGUUAUCGGAUUACAGAACCACCAUACUCGCCCCAACCUGGGACUGCAAGAUCCCUCUCAACGUGAAUGAUUUCGAUCUUCGCCCGGAGAUGAAGGAUCCACCGGCAGUUCAGAGUAAAACCACCGAGGCACUUUUUGCCCGUUUGCGCUGCGAGAUAGGAGAGUUCAUCCGCCACAGCUCCUUUCAUCUAGAUUUCACCAACCCAUCUCUGAAGCGCGUUGCCAAAGAGCUUCCUGGGGAUGGUAAUCUCGAUGCUCUAGAGAAGAUCAUCGAAAAAGGCUAUCUUGAUCAUUGCGAUUCGCAGAUUCCACUUCAUUUCAUGACAAUCUGGAUGAUGAGAUCUACGCUCUCGAAAAACCGACUUUUAGAAUACUAUUCUCGGUGCGGUUCUGAACCUCAGGCAGAGAGACGAAACGAUACUCCGAUGCUAUACGCAUUCCGGGUGCUUGACAGCGAUACCAAACUCUUGAACAAUCCCUCAACCAAAGGAUUUAGAUGGCUUCUUCAUUCGUACUUCCCCCUUCCGUCAUAUAUCCACAUCGUCCAAGAGUUGAUCAAACAACCUACCCGUCCAGACGCCCAACAGGCUUGGGAGGUCAUGAGCGAUAAUUACGAUGCACGAUACAAUGUUUCAAGUUUUGUCGCCAAUUCUGUCUUGAAAACAUUCACCAAGAUCCUUCUCCAGGCCUGGGAGGCUCGCGAAAAGAUCUCCAAGAACCCUGAAACGUCGACACAGGAGCCACUGGUCGUACCAAGAAUCGUGUCGAAUCUGAAGAUAAUAAUGGCCGAGGAGACACAGAAUGAACAAAACGCCAACAUGGAGCAGCAGCUCGGCGAUUUCACAAACGCCGAUGUCAAUGAUUUACUCAUGUCACUUCCCAUGGGAUUUGGUAAUUCUAAUUCGCUCUAUGGGAUGGCUGGAACAGAUAGUUACCCAGGGAUUGAUCAGGCGCCGUUGCCCAAUCCUAAUCUUCCUGGGCAGCCUCCCGGUCUGUCUGCCGCUGAGAUGCAUCAGAUGACCUGGGCAUCAAUGGUAUGGGGCUUCCGUGAACGUCGCGGGUGUUGA